UAGAUAUUGAACAUUAAUUGUGAAUAAUAAAUAAUAUAAUAUGAUAUCCAUCAACGGUUAUGAGACUUAAACAUAUAUCGGGCAACUUUUAAUCUGAAGUGACAACACUUUUUAACGUCAAAUUUUAAAAGUUUGUUCUCAAUCAUUUGAAAGUAACGAACGCGUCUGAAAGGAGCAAUAAUAAGUUGUUUUGUUUUACUGUUAUCUACAUAUUUUGUGGAAAAUGGCUAAACAUGUGACGAACUUUCGUGGUGAAAUAUAUUACACUCCAAGUGGUAAACUGCAUAUAAAGGAUGAACCUGUAACUCCUAUUGAAGAAGAUUUUGGUGAUCAUAACAACUUUGACCAGUCUUAUGAACAUGACUUCGGUAAUAUUAGAAAAUCUAUGUCUAUGAACGAUAUAAAUGCCUUGCGUGACGACCUGGUGAAGAUGGAAUUCUAUGAUAAGGAAGAUGUUUACCACAGACACCGCAAGCCUUCAGGGGCUCCUCAUGAGUUGUCAAGAACGAAAUUCGUGUCAAUGGCCGAAGCUAUUUACCAUUACCAAAGAGAUACUCCAGGACGUUUUCAUUCGACGCGUCCACAGAUAUUUCGAUCUCAAAAAUCGACUGGUCCGUCAGGCCUUACAGUUCCGCAAUCGCCUAUGCUACGGUCGCGAACACGCUCCAGACCGACCCACAUAAUGUCACAACAAGAGCGAGAAGAAAUGGAGCUCGAAGAACUGAGGAAAUUCAAAAUCAAAGCUAAUCCAAUUCCAAAAUCAGUGCUAGAAGGAACUAAAAAUCUGCCCGAAGUGACUAAGAAACCUAUUACUAUACCAGAACCAUUUAAGUUGACAGAAAUACAAAAGAAAAUGGCCUCCCAAUCCCCUGGGGGACAUCAUUUCAAAGCAAGACCAGCACCUAAGCACAUACUAGAGAAGCCACACAUACCUGUUAAACCACCGGUGCAUGUUACUAAACCAGUGAGUCCAAAGUUCACCUACAAAAGAACUAACUCUUCAGAUCUUUUGCAAAAUGAUAAGGGAAAACACAAGAAUGAAGAGAAACAACAUCAUCAUCCACCCCGCACAGGACCUGUGAGGCCUGAACCAUUCUCAUUUGAGAAGAGAGAUGAAGAACUGAAGAGACGCAGAGAAGAAAGAAUUAGACGUCAAAUUGAGGAGGAGCGCAAACAAGCAUCCCUGUUCAAAGCCCAACCUGUACCAGUGGCUGUUAAGAAACGCAUGCACUCGGCUGCUCCUAAAUGUUGCUCUUCCAAUGCAUCAUCAGAGAACAAAGAAAACAUCAAAUUUGAGGCUAAACUCCCAGUUGUACUCUACAAGGAACCCUUCAAACCAGUAUUGCAACCAGUUCAUCAAGUCAAAUCUGCUCCAUUUGAACUGACAACAGAAAAGCGAGCAGCUGAAAGGGAGAGAUUUGAUAAACUGUUGAAGGAAAAAGAGGAGGAACAAGAAAGAAUUAGACAGUUGAAGCUUAAAGAACAAGAGGAAAGAGAGGAGAAGGCAAGGGUUGAGUUAAGGGCGAAGUUGAUACACCAUGCUAAACCAGUACCUAAAUUGGAAGCACCAUUUGUACCAGAGAAGUCUGUCACUACCCUAACUGUGCCUGAAACCCCUAAGUUUAUUAGACGACUCAAACAGAAGUAAUGUAAUCAUGGAUAAGUCCAAAGGAUAAUUAUUUGAUAAAAUGGUUUAAUUAGGCAUACUAUCAGGAUUGUCUUACUAGUUUGGGACCAAAGCAGAAUCCUGUUGUUCUGAAAAGAGGGCAAAGUUUUAAGUCAAAUAAUUAUGAGUCUGCCUCAUGAAAGUUAUUUCUAAGCCUUAAGGAAUUAAUUAACUCUCCAUGUUAACAUUCCUUACUUGAUUUAUCAUGUUCUCAAUCUAAUUAUUCUAGCAAUGUACUGAUAUUGUAAUUUUUAUUGAAUAUUUUAGGAUAUUUUUAACUAUGAUGUUAUUGUUAUAGAUAUUUAACUUAACUACUUUCUUAAUGACAUUUCUUGAACAUAAUAAAUAAUGACUUUAGUA